AUGGACCCCUCAUAUGCCUCGUCCGAUGAUGAAGCCGACUCCAUGGCGGCAGCUAUGGGCUUCUCCUCUUUCGGUACUCAGGGACCACCCAAGAAACGGAAGUUCAACCCCAAGAGCGAUGCCUUCAUCGAGGACCAAGAGCUGGAAGCCGUAGACAAAGGGGGAAAAAAGGGGCAGGGCAGUGGAGGGAAUCAGAUUCCGCUGGGAAGGCCACGACAGCUCGGUGUGCCGUCACAGGCAUCAGCAGGAGCUGCGAAAAAUGACGAGGAAAUUGCAUUGGAUGAUGAUGAGGGACCACAGUACGCGGGUGAGGAUGACGAGGGGCCGAGAUAUUUGGACACCAGUCAUCCGCCGCCUAUCAUGGAUGGUAUAGGGAGGAAUGAGGAUGAGAUUCUGCUGGAUGAAGAUGAAGACGAGCAAGGUCCAGGCUAUGUUGAUACUAGCCUCCCACCACCAAACCAGGCAGCUCGUGAAGCACAAGAGAAGAUCGAUGCCAUCUUAUCCUCGACAGGAAGUUCGGCGGCCCCAGUCCCUCCGAAGCAAAAGCAGAAAGCCAAAAAACCACAGAGUUCUGGACUUGGAGCUUUUAUGAACGCGUUGAAGACGCCUGUUGUUGCACCACCGGGAUCCAGCAUAGCACCAGCGCCGGGGACGACGCGGAUACUGCAAAUCCCAGCAGUGGCCUCACUACCACAGCGCCCACCGCCACCUUCUUCAAGUACUAUGGGGCCGCCGGGAGCAUCAAUGGGCAGGAGUCAAAAUGCGGGCCAGAGGGGGCAAAGGAAUGAGCUAUGGUAUAUAGGCUAUUACGAUCCAAGCUUUAAUGAUAAUCCCUGGAGAGGACUGGAGAAGGAAAAUGGGCUGCCGGAGGUUGGGACGUGGAUUGAGAGGCCUCAGAGGGGUCAGGGACAGACGGCGUAA